AUGUGUCUCAGUGAUGGAUUCGUCUUCGUAAUCGUUAUUAUCGGCCCCGUAGUAGGUCGCUAUGCUAUCGACUCUGGUGGCUGGAAGUACAUUUACUGGGGCGGCCUCGUUGCACAGUCCAUCUCCUUAGCCGCCCUUUUUGCUUUCUACAAGCCACCAAAGCAUCCCAAGGGCAUUCCCUGGCAUGAAGCUAUCAAAGGUCUCGAUUACGUCGGCAGCGCGCUCAUCAUUCCUGGAGUAAUUCUCGCCCUGGUCGGCAUCAUUAACACUACAUACAAGCCUAGCUCCGACCCUACCGUUAUUGCGCCCAUGAUAGUGGGAUUCAUUAUGAUCGCGGCCUUCGGAUGGUGGGAGACUGUGUCGUCGGUGCCGCACAAGCUGUGCCCGCCACACCUGUUCGCUAGUCAUAAGGGAAGAGAGUUUACGGCGCCGUUCAUUGUGGCUUUCAUCGUCACUAUGUUUUACUAUAGUGUCAACAUCAUCUGGCCUACUAUGGUCAACGUAUUUUAUUUGACACCUACAACUUCGCGCACGACCGAGUUGCUACUCACUCUUCCUCCAAACGUCGGUCUGGUGUUUGGCGCCUGUCUCUUGAUCGCUUUUGGAGGCGUCAUCAAGCACUGGAAAAAGACUCUGAUCUUCACUUGGACGGGGAUGACGCUGUUUGGCGCUUUGAUGGGUCUCUGCACUCCCUUCAACAAGGGUCUCAUGAUUGCGUUCUGCUGUAUCAAUGCCACGUUCUUUGGCUGGGCUCAAUAUGAAUCCGUCGCAUUCACACAGCUCGGCGUUCCGCAGGAAGAUCUUGGUUUCUCUGGCGGUCUUGCAGGAAUGGCUCGAUACGCCGGAGGCUCACUUGCAGUCGCGAUUUACACGACCAUCCUUACCAACACACAAUCAACACGCGCAGCAGCUACCCUCCCAGCAGCAGCGAUUUCUGCAGGCAUGUCACCUGAGAACGCACAGAAGCUACUCGCCGCUUUCCCACUGGGAGCGACAGCCAUAGCAGCUGUGCCAGGAACAACACCAGACGCGCUGGCCGCGGCAAGCUUAGCGUUCCAGUGGAGCUAUGCGCAUGGCCUGAAAAUCGUUGCAUUGAGCAGUUUGAGCUUUGGGCUGUUGGGUCUGCUUUGCUGUUUCUACUGUGAGGACUUGGGGCCGAAAAUGACGAACAAGACGGAGGUGUUUCUGGAGAACGAUAUCAAUGCUGAGAAGAAUGUGUAUCAUUAG